ACACUCGUUGAAAAUGACCGCUCCCCCACCAUCCCACACCCCAAAGCAUGAGCAUCUUCUCGUUCCUCUACCUUCUCCUCUCGGCCGUAUCUCUCGCAGAUGCAGCGGGAUGGGUAGGAGUUAAUUAUGGCCGACUUGCCGACGACCUACCCUCGCCCCCCAAAGUAGUCGAGCUCUUAAAAAACCAAGGAAUCAGAGGAGUAAAAAUAUUCGACACCGAUCCCACCGUCCUCACCGCCCUCGCUAAGACUGGCAUAUCCGUCAUUGUAUGCGUCCCGAACCAGCUCCUUUCCUCCGCUGCCGCCAGCCAGUCCUUCACCGACCAGUGGGUCCAGGCGAACAUAACCAAGUUCCACCCGGCCACAAAAAUUGAAGCCAUUGCCGUCGGAAAUGAAGUCUUCGUCGACCCCACCAACAUCACCAAGUUCCUCGUCCCAGCAAUGAAGAACAUCUACGCUUCCCUUCAGAAGUACAAACUCGGUGACUCCAUCAAAGUAUCCUCCCCAAUUGCUUUCAGUGCUCUCGCAUCUUCCUACCCAACUUCAUCUGGUUCCUUCAAACAGGAUCUCGUUGACUCUGUCAUGAAGCCCAUGCUGGAAUUCUUCCGCCAGACCAAAUCCUACCUCAUGGUUAACAUCUACCCCUUCUUCGCCUAUUCCGCUAACUCCGACAAGAUCUCCCUCAACUACACUCUCUUCCAAGACAAUCCUGGCGUCUUGGAUUCCGGCAGUGGCUUAAAAUACUAUAGCCUUUUCGAGGCUCAAGUUGACGCUGUUUAUGCGGCUAUGAAAGCGCUCAAAUACGACGACAUUCAGUUGGUCGUUACGGAGACCGGGUGGCCGUCGAAAGGAGAUGAUGGGGAACUUGGAGCGAGUGUGGAGAAUGCAGCAUCGUAUAAUGGAAAUUUGGUGCGUAGAGUUCUAAGGGGAGGUGGGACACCUAUGAAACCAAAGGACCCAAUUAAUAUCUAUUUGUUUGCACUAUUUAACGAGUACCAGAAACCAGGUCCAACAUCGGAAAGGAACUAUGGCCUGUUCUACCCUAACGAACAGAGGGUCUACAAUAUUCCACUCACAAUUAACCAACUUAAGACUGGAGGCAACAACCAAAUCACUGGGACGCCGCCAACAAUUGGAACACCACCGCCUGGUAGUGUGACACCUUCACCCCCGGGUCAAACGUGGUGUGUGGCCAUUGAAAACGCUGGGGAGGAUAAGCUCAAGUCAGCGAUGGAGUAUGCAUGUGGGGAGGGAGGUGCCGAUUGCGGUCCAAUCCAGCCAGGUUCCACGUGCUAUAAUCCUAAUACUCUUGAGGCCCACGCUUCUUAUGCUUUUAAUAGCUUUUACCAGAGGAAGGGUCGUGAACAUGCAGCUUGCGAUUUCAAUGGAGCAGCUUAUGUCGUUGAUGAACCUCCCCAGUUUGGAGACUGUAUAUUCCCAACGGGGCCCAACAGUGGGACGCCGCCGAGCAGUGGGACGCCGCCCAGCAGUGGGACGCCGCCCAGCAGUGGGACGCCGCCCAACAGUGGGACGCCAUCGUCCCAGGUUCAAUCGUGGUGUGUAGCUAACGAGAAUGCUGGUGCAGAUAAGCUCCAAGCAGGGCUACAAUAUGCGUGUGGGGUGGGAGGUGCCGAUUGUGGUCCGAUCCAACCUGGUUCUAACUGCUUUAGCCCUAAUACACUUGAGGCCCAUGCUUCGUACGCUUUCAACAGCUAUUACCAGAAAAAAGCUCGUGCAGCUGGGUCCUGUGAUUUCGAUGGAGCUGCGUACAUCGUUAAUCAACCUCCUCAGUAUGGAGAAUGCGUUUACCCUACGGGUUAAUGAGUUCGUGUGACAAAGAAAUUGGUCGCAUUUUAUUUUCAUUUACGUAUAUAUUUGAAUGUAAUAGUUAAAUU